AAGCGUUUCAACCGGCCGAGCAGUCUGAACAUUCACAUCAACACCCACAUUGGUGCGAAGCCGUUCGCGUGCAGCUACCCGGGGUGCAACCGUAGACUCAACGUCAACUCGAACAUGUGUCAGCACCACCGGAAACCACCUCACCUCCCGCUGGCGUGA